ACAUGGCUAUGGAUUGACUAUCAAAGAUAUGUCAGUUAAGAAAAAGUACUCUCACGAAUGGAGAGAAUCUUGGGAAAAAGUUGAUAUCAUGAAGCAAGCAAUGAGGCAAUACCCAAAAACAGAAUGGUUUUGGUGGUUGGACUUGCACACAUACAUCAUGGAGCCACAUUUACUGUUGGAAGAGAAGUUUUUAAACAACUUGGGAAAUGCAACCUAUAGAACUUUGGAUACAUUCAAUCCUCUCAAUAUACCUCAGGACAUCUCAUAUGUUGACUACACAUCACCUAUAGACAUGAUUAUCACUCAGGAUUGUGGCGGAUUUAACCUUGGUUCGUUCUUGAUGAGAAGGUCUGCCUGGUCCGACAUGAUGUUGGAUAUGUGGUGGGAUCCUGCUGUGUAUGAGCAGAUGCAUAUGCAAUGGGAGCACAAGGAACAAGACGCAUUGGAAACUCUAUAUUCAACGCAGUCAUGGAUCCGAGAGAGAGUAGCAUUUUUGUCCUUAAGAGACAUUAAUGCGUUCCCACAUGGUGCAUGCUCUGAUAUGGCUGAUGACCCUCAGUUCUUCUAUCAGGAGGGGGACUUUGUGAUAAAUAUGGCUGGCUGCGAAUAUGGGAGGGACUGCUGGGGAGAAAUGGAGCACUACAAGGCGUUAUCGAAAAAGCUCCAGAAAUGGUGGAGGAUAUGGUAAAAGCAAAAUAUGUUGUCUCGUCAAUAUCUACAGACAAAAUGGCUGCCCACUUGUUUUGCGAUAACCACUUUCUCUUUUCUCACAAUCGGUCAGGUGAGUACAUAUCCCACAAGCAAGGCUGUCUUUGAGAAAAGUUCGUAUUUCAUGAAAAC